AGUUAUUUUGUUGAAGGAACCAGCCGAGCCCGGUGCUCCGUGCUCGUCCUCGUGUGGAAUGAAAAUCAAACAGUUUAAAUAUAAAACUAUCAUAAAAACAGAGCAGACACAGAAAACAUGGCGUCGUGGAGCUGCAGGGUCCUGGGCCAGAGAGCUGGGGCGUUCAGGAGAAUGUGCACGGCUGCACAGUCACAGUCCGAGGCAGAUUUCCUAAAAGGAGAACUGCACAGGAAGCAUCCAGGUGUGACCAACCUGAAAACUCUGAGCCUCCCUGAGGAACUCCAGAGGGCUGCGUGGUCGAUUAUUCAGAGUGCUCAGGUGAAUCGGCUGAACGAGCGCACGCACAGCUUCGCAAACUUCCUGUGGAGCAGAAAACGAGCCGUCGAGGACGUGACACUGAGACGGACAGCGGUGAGCCUGGAGAAGGAACUCUGGAAGAAAGCAGUGGAGAAGGGAGGAAAUAUAGACGAGGAAGCGCUGGAAGACCGCAUCCGGAGGAAAGUGUUCUCAGAGCUCAGGAGAACAACAUAUCACUGGAAGGCCUUAAAGUACGAUGAAGAGUUGUGUGUCGUGUACCUGGCGGCCCGGCUGGCCGGGGGCUACGCUGCGGUGCGGAGAGCUCUGAAUGAGAUCAAGAAGAGGGAUUCCUCUUUUGCUCCUCAGUCUCUUCUGGAUUUUGGUUCAGGGCUGGGAACAGUUGUCUGGGCGUCACACUCGCACUGGGCCGCCUCUCUGAAGGAGAUGGUGUGUGUGGACAGCUCUGCUCCGAUGAACAUUCUGGCGGAACGACUUCUCAAAGGCGAUGAUGAACGGGCUCAACCUCACAUCCAACAUGUUUAUUUCAGACAGUUCCUCCCCGUCUCUCCUAAGGUGCAGUUUGAUUUGGUGGUCGCAGCUUUUACUCUGUCAGAGAUUCCCGGGGUGAAGGAGCGAGAAGAGGCCGUGUUCACUCUGUGGAGAAAGACCAGCUCGUACCUGGUGCUGGUGGAAAAUGGGACCAAAGAGGGACAUCAGAUUCUUAUGGAAGCCAGAGACACGUUAUUAAAGAAACAAGAGAAAAUGGUCCAUGACCCCAGACCAGCAUCCGUGUUCGCCCCCUGUCCUCAUGAACUGACGUGUCCUAAACUGGCCCGAGAGCUCGCCGUCCCCUGCAACUUCCAGCAGCUGUACCAACCUCUGCCUCUGCCCGGGCACAACGUUCGUCAGAUAGAGAAGUUCAGUUACCUGAUUCUGACUCGCGGAGGUCCCCCGGAGGCAGAGACCGAAGGUGUGAACUGGGCUCGGCUGAUCGCACCAGUUCUGCGACGGACGAGACACGUCCACUGUCAGAUGUGUUCGCCCGACGGAAAACUGCAUCACAUGGUGGUGACGGCUCGAAAACACAGCAGAGAUGUGUAUCGCUGUGCUCGGAACAGCGACUGGGGAGAUCAACUGCCGGUCAUUCAGAGAGAUGAAGACGAUGUCCAGAGUGAUUCAGAGUGAAGAAUCAGCUUUUAUACAAACAUCUGCAUUUCUAUUGUGGGGGGGGGGGGCUGACUCUCUGAACAGCUACUGUGACAUUAUCAAGAUAAUAUGAAUAAAAAGUCAUAGCUCUGUGCUGCUUAUUAAGAGGUUGUUGCAAUGUGGAGAAACAUUCUCCUGCGUUUCUGUUCAUGUUAAUAUCAGAGAUUAAUAUAAACUGAAAGAAUC